AUGGGCGCACCGCCUGGGAGUCAAGUCGCUCCAUUACCUUCGAAUCUGCCCUUUCGACUCGUCAGCAAAACGAUAGGGCAGGGCGCAUACGCAUCGAUACGCAAAGCCGUGCCCCACGAUAGGCCCAAACCUGUCAUCGCGAUCAAGUUCAUCAACAAAGAACAUGCAUUCAAGCAGGGCCGCCUCUCGCCGAAGCAGAUCAAGAUGGAAAUAGUCCUCCAUCAACACCUCGGCAAACACCAGAACAUCGUACACCUCCUCGGCUCUGGCGAGGAUGCGCUGUGGACAUGGAUAGCAAUGGAGCUCGCAGACGGCGGCGACCUUUUCGACAAGAUCGAGGCAGACGAGGGUGUAGGGGAAGACAUUGCCCACUUCUACUUUUCGCAGUUGAUCAGCGCUGUUGGGUACAUGCACUCUAUGGGCAUUGCACAUCGCGACAUCAAGCCUGAGAACGUGCUGCUGAGUGCAGAAGGGGACCUGAAGUUAAGUGACUUCGGGCUCGCCGCGCUCUUCAAGAAGGACGGCAAAGCGCGGUUGUGCAACACGGUGUGUGGUUCACCGCCAUACAUUGCACCGGAGAUUGUAAGUGGGAGAAGAAGCAAGAGGGCCGAUGUGCUCGAUGUUGGAUAUCACGCAAAUGUUUGCGACAUCUGGAGCUGUGGUGUUGUACUGUUUGUCCUACUGGUUGGGAACACGCCCUGGGAUGAACCUACCAUGCGCAGCGAGGAAUUCAAGGAGUACGUGGAGACGGAUGGGCACACUACGGAUGAACUCUGGCAGUUGGUCCCUUCUGAAAUCAUCUCGCUGCUUCGUGGGAUGUUGAAGCUUGACCCAGGUUCGCGAUUUACACUCGAUGAAGUUCGACGGCACCCAUGGUUCACAAGACCAAACUCGUAUCUAUCACCAAGCGGUUGCAACGCCAAUCCUGUCGGUAUGGCUACACAAAUGUUGUCUCACCUGCGCAUCGACUUCGCCCGUGGACCAACGCAAUCGCAAAGAGGCUUCUCACAGGACGCAGAUGCCAUGGACGUUGACACAUCUCCGCGACGUUCAAGCGCAAACCCAGCGAACGCCACUCAUAUGCUAUCCUCUACACAGCCUGAGACGCCAGCGGCAGAGACGGUGUUCGACUGGGAACGGCCCCCUCGUCUAGCCUCGCAUGAUGGAAUUUCGGCCUCACAACCAACGGGCGACCACUUGCGACCAGUCUAUCAGUCACAGACAGUCACUUCAACUCCAUUCAUGUCUCAGCUUCCCCCGUCAACACAGGACAUGCUGUCUCAAGAUCCAGGCAUGGCGCAGUUCACCGCAACACCACAAGUACCCCUUACGCUCACGCAGAUAGCGCGCCGCUUCGCAGAUAUAAUGCCUUCGUACUCGCUUGCGCGCUUCAUCUCACCGCACUCGUUGACUUUCCUUAUCCCGCUUCUGUUGGAAGCCCUGCAUCGACUUGGCGUUCCCCCACCAGCCUUUACUGAGAGGCAGAUUGCGCAGUGCGAAAUAGACGAGAGCACGAGUAUACGGGUCAAGAUGGCCGAUGGACGGCGGCAAGGUUUGAACGGACACAUCGUGAUCGAGAAGGCAGUCUACGACGAUUUGGCGUACAGUGAAGUGCGCUUUGUGAAAGCUAGCGGCGAUCCUCUGGAGUGGAGGAGGUUCUUCAAGAACGUUGUAAUACUGGUUGGCGAAGUCGUAUUGAGGCCCGGCUAA